GAGAGGCUCAGUAGUGACCUCUACUCGAAGGUGUUUUCACGCAGCGAGAAAAUGUCGGGGGAGUUUGGUACGGGGAAAACUAUAUUCGUCCUAGCGAUAGUGGUGGGAUGUUUUGCCGUUUUAUGGCCAAAGAUCUUCUACCCUAUGCUCACGGCUUCGGUUAAACACCCUACGUCGUCGAGGCAAGCAACAUGGCGCAACGAAGCCAACCUCCACUUCGCCGACCAGCUGUGCUACCUCCUGGAGGAGCACUACGCAGCGGCAGUUCCUCCUUCUGCGCCUUCUGCUUCCGCCUCCAGUAGUAUUUCGGGGGUCCGGUGGUCGGCCGAAGAGUGCUGGCUGGUCGUCUGGCGGGCUUGCGGCCACGAGAUGAACGAGACCCUGGUCGAGGACGUCCGUCUGGGCCGCGACAAGUCCAACCUGACGGAGUGCCUCACCAGUCAGUUCGGCCUCACGCCCGCGCUGGUCGCCUCCGCCGCGCCCCCGAAGGUCCGCCUGCGUCCUUACCUCCCCCAGUCCAUGGGUGGCCACGCCCGUCCUGAAAGACCCGCCCACCUGUAUCCUGAAAUGAUGCACCCUGCCCUACGGGAGAAGGGGAGGGCCAUGCCGCAGCGCACCAUCGACAAGCAGGCCAGGCCUGGGCCCAUGCCGGGUGUCCGACCCCCCAUGGGCGGUGCCGGGGGGAUGGUGCCUCCUCCCCAGGGUAAGGGAUCGGGUGCCAUGGGUAUCAUAAUGCCACUGUAUACUGUGGGCAUCGUCGUCUUCUUCGUCUAUACUAUUAUGAAGUUAUGACUUUUAUAUCUGAUACUGCUGAUGACCAAAACCUUCAGCAGGGCAAGUUUUUCUCAGAUGAUAAGCAACAGAAAGAAGAUCCUGGAACACCAGAUGAAGCUGAGGCAUCCCCAGCACCUCUACUAAAGGAAAUAACUACAGGAACUCCAAAACGGUCUCCAGAUGAUGCUCAGGGUGCCAAUGCUGAAGCAGAAGAUUCCUCUGAAGCAACAGAGACUGGUGCAGAUAUAUCUGAGCUGAAGUUUUUUGCAGAAAAAUCUCAUGGUCAUGAAAAAGCACUUGUUGCUGAAGAAAUCCCAGUUCCUAUUCCUGAAGAAGAGUACUGUCCUAGUAUUAGGAUGGGUCUGAUGGAUGAAGCAGCAAGUGAAGAUUCUGCUGUUCUCUGCAAAGGUCAGGGAACUCAGACUUCUCUAGCCUUGUCACUUACACCUCCUCAAGCUGUCAGCAAAGAACACAGCACACAGACAGAUGAAGAACAAGGAGUAGCUGUUCUUGGUGUACAGACUUCUUUCUUGCAUGAUGAAGGUGGUGUUGAAACUAGAGCUGGUAGUCAUGGGCCAGUUAAAACAGAAGGCGUGACUGAAAUUUUGCUAGAUGCACUUCUUCCCUCUGAGACUCAACUAAUCAAGAAGUUCGCAGAAUGUUGAGAUUGAUUCAAGUGAGGCAGAAGGAGUACCUGGUAUAGUGACUAGCCAUGUCAGUCUUGCAUUUUUAGGCUUAGAUUCACAGAAACCAGAGAGUCUAACAGCAGUUUCUGUAAAUGGUAAAAAGACAGAAAAUGUAACAACAGUGACUGCAAAGCCGGGAUCAGGAACAGCUCAAACUCCCAUUUCUCAAGAAAGUAAAACAGACUGUGAGUACAAAUCAGAAUUAGGAAUAGACAAAAAUAAAGUAACAGAAGUACAAGUUAAAUGUGAAAAGGACAUCCCAGAGGCUGGAAAAUAUACAGAAGAGAGUGUCCAGACUGGUAAAGAAACUGAAUUUGUUGACAGAUCUCACACUGCUCCAGAAACAUCUGACCAGUUUUCAAAAGAUGAUAAAAGUGCUUUACAAGAGUUGGAAGCCAAAGAAGUUCAAAAGGAGGCAGGAAAUGAACCACUUCCAGACAGCCCUUCUCUUGAGGCUAUUGCUGAAGCAGUAGCUGCUGCAACUACUCGUGCUGCUCUUGAUCUGCUUGCAACCACCAACUCAGAUACUCUUAUUAAACCUCAGGAAGUUCAGGAGGCUGCAAGUAGCCCCAGCAUCUCAUCUCUACCAAAGACUGCUGACACUAAAGUCGUUCCUAGUGAGCUAGGAGAAGAGGCCAGAAAGCCAAGUGAACAAGUGACAGAAGCAUCAAGAUCUCAAACCCAAAGUGAUGCGUCACAGCCCACCACAGUAUAUGUAGCCACUGUUACACAUACACCUUCACCAUCUCCCACAUCCACACCAGAAAAAGAAAAAACUCAGGAGUCUGUAGAGGCUGACUUGAUGAAGGCAUCAGUGCCCCAAG